AUGCGCCCGCACCGCCCACUCGCGUCUCUAUUGCGUGUCCUCUCAUCGCCUGGAACUGCCGCGCGCCCGUCCCCACUCGAGGCGCCACGCCUAUUGGUCAGUGCAGUUGGAGCGGAUUCGGGGACACGUGGCGCUGCCACAGCAUGCCAGGUGGCACCCGACGCGAAUCGCGAAUCGGAAAGAGCGGGUGGUAGCGCAAGAUCCACUGAAUGUGCGACCGAUGGCGCUGCAGCGGCGAUCGGGGCUGCGCGCGGGGCGUCCUACAUCGAACCGUCUUCUAUCGAGGCGUCUCGAGAGCCCACAUCUCACGGUCGGCGCAGGGCGGCGGAACGGGCACGCGGAUGGACGGGUAGCGGGGCGGAGAGGGCGCGCGGAUGGACGGUGGCGAUGGAGGGAAACAUCGGCUCCGAACCUCGUUUUUUUUUGUCUCUCCCGAUUUUCUCCCCUCUCAUCCCCACCCCCUCACUUUCCCAACCGCACCUCCCUUUCCCCCCUCCCAACUCCCCCCGCCGCCCUCCCCACUUCCCCCCCCUCCCCUCCCCUCCCCCUCCUCCACUUCCCCCUCCCCCCCGCUCUUCACGCAGCAGUGACGUGGCAUUGCGGAGAGCUGUCACUGGCAGUGCUGACGUGGCGCUGCAGCCCGAGCCGCUGCGUGAGUGGCGCAACGUGAAGGGCAGCGGGGAGAACGCGCUGGACGCGUUUUAUAAGGACCCCAAGAGGUUCGCCUACACCUUUCAGAGUCUGGUCUUCAUCUCCCGUGCCUCCCAGUAUCAUCACGGCCUGCAGCAACACCCCUCUGCUCUACGCCUCUGCGAGCGCUCCCUCUUCUGCGAUCGCCUCGUGUUUGCACCGGCAGCAGUGGCAGGAGGGCUGUUCACGCCGCUAGAGGAAGCACUCUACGACUCGUGGGUCGAUGCCGUGCUGCCCAUGCUGCCUGGAGUGUUACCCGAUGCGUUCAUCUACCUGAGAGCCGACCCCUCUGUGUGCCUGCAGCGCCUGCAGAAACGAUCCCGCUCAGAAGAGACCUCCGUUGACUUGCCGUACCUGCAGUGCCUGCACGAGUUGUAUGACCGCUGGUUCCUGGAAGGUUCUCACAGGACAGAUCGGGAACAUGCGGCAGGCACCACCCCUCUGGCGACCAGUGGUCUGCUGGUGCUGCGUGCUGACUGGUCGAUGGGGCGCGCGAAGCGGCUGAAGCCGCGCAUGUGGAAGAGCGCGUUCGACGCGGAGGGGCGUCUGGUGCGCAUGCCACAAGUGCUUAAAGCAAUUCUCGAAGGGGGAGUGGACAAGUCGAUACGGGGCGAGGUGUGGGAGUUCCUGCUUGGCUGCUUUUCCCUCGAGUCCACUGCAGAGGAAAGGAACUACGUGCGCGAGGCCAGGAGGGAGCGCUAUCAGCAGCUAUUGCUGCAGUGCCAGCAGAUGCACAGCAACGUGGGGUCGGGUCACCUGGCCUUCGCCGUGGGAACGCGCAUUAUGGACGUGCGCAUUAUCCACCCCGGAAACACCCCGGGAAACUCAGGAACUACCCCCGGAAGCAGCACCGCCAGCAUCCCGUCCCCAGCCACUACAUCCCCUAGCGGAGAAGCAAGGGGGAGCGGGGGGGGAGGAAGAGCGGGGGGCGGGAGCAGCAGCAGGAGCAACACUCCCCCCGAUCGAAGCGUGCUAGGGGGGGCAGGGGCUAGAAGUUCCGCCAGUGGCGGAAGCAGUGACCUGCGAUUCCCCCCUUCGAGACAAUACUCUGAGAGGGGGUCUGCUGGGAGUUCCACUCAGCUUAGACUGGAUCAGCUUAUAGAGGAGGGUGGGCCUAGACUGAGCUCCUUCUCCUCAUUCUCUUUCAGUUGCGAUGUUGAUGUGUUCGAUUUGGAUGACCCGAGGGGGCUGUUUGUGCGGCCGGGAGGGGAGGAGGAGGACGAGGAGGAUUUGGAGGAGUGGGAGGGUGAGGGGCAGGAGGGGAUGAGGGAUACGGAUGAGGAGGAAGAGGAGGAGGAGGGGUUGGAUGGGGGAGGGGAGGCGGGGAGAGAGGGGGAGAAAGGGAGGCAGGGCGGCGGAGGAGGGGUUGGGGAAGGGAAGGGAGAGAGAGGGGGGAAAGGGGAGGGUGUGGAGGGGGAGAAGGGGGGCAGAGGUGGUUUUAAGGAUAGUCCCAACGGAAAGAGGGCGGGGAAAGAGGAGCAGGGGACUGGAAAAGGGGAAGGGGCAGGCGGGAGGGAGGCGAGAGAGAGGAAGAAGGCGGAACUGAGGCGGAGAAGUGAAGACGUAGACAGGAGGCCGGGGGGGAGUGCUGCUGAGUCGAGUAGAGGGGGGAAAGGCGGAGGGGGAGGGGGGCAGGGGGGUGGGCAAGGGGGGGCGCAGGGGGCCGGGCAGGGGGGCGGGCAAGUGGGGCCGGGGGAGGGGAUGGAGGAGAUGAGGGCAAAGUGGGCUCGGGAGCGGCAGCGGCGGGUGGAUAAUCUGGAUAAGCUCCGCGCACAGGACUCCAUGCCAGGGGGAGGGGGCGCAGGGGGAGGCGCAGGAGGGGGAGGCACGGGGGGUGCAGGCGGAGCGAACAGUGGGGUCGCUGGUGGGGGACCUGGGACGCGCGCAAGGGGGAAAGCUGAGGCUGGCGCGUCAGGCAUUGGUGCUAGCGGAGUUGAGGGGCUUGGGGGAGAGGAUGCGGAUGGGGCAGCAGGGGGACUAGCAGCAGCGGCUGUAGCAGCCGCAGCAGCAGCAGCAGAGGGGGGGAAAGGAGCAGGGGCAGGGGGGGGAGCAAGGGCAGGGGCGCAUGGGGAAGAGGAUGCGCCUACAGGGGCACAAGGCGCGCGUUCAGGGGCAGGAGGGCAGGAAACGGGGAGGAGGCCGGGGGAAGGGGGGGAGAGGGGGGAGGAUCCGAGUGGGGAGGGCGCGCGGAACAGGAGGAGGGCGGAGAAUCGGAGCUUCUCUCGAUCUAUGAGCGCCCAGCCUGAGAGGAUAGGGCGGAGAGAGAGACGGGAGGUGGAGGGAGAGGAGAGCGGUCAGUCAGGCAGGGGCUGGUUCGGGGAUGGGAUGAUGGAGGGGAGUAGAGAGAGCGAAGGUGGGGAAGAAGGGGGUGAGGGCAGUGGGGUGGAGGAAGGGGGGGAGCACGAGGGGGGGGAGAAGCGGAAGCAACAGAAAGUAAGAUGGACUAGGCUACUGCAGGGAGUGGUGAAGGAUGUUAAGAAGAAGGAAAGCAAACUGCCCACCUCGAUUUCAAUCUUGGACAGUCCCUCCGGCCCUUCUGCUUCCUCGGGUUCAUCCGGUGGUGCUUUCAGUGCUUCUGGGUUUUCCACGUCGUCCUCCCACCCGUCCGUGGGUACCGCUCUGCACCACAGGGCACCGGCUCAGGACCACUACAGGUCGUCUGACUCCCAGAAGCAACAGUACUCAGAUGUGCCUCUAGCAAAGAGCUUUAGUAGCAGCUUACCGGCUGUAGGUGGGGAGGCGGAUGUGGGAUCGCCUAUGCACGCGGCAGCUGGUGCUGACAGGUGGCACAAUGUGAGUGGCGGAGGAGGUGGAGGAGGCGGGGGGAUGGGGCAGGGAGGGGAAGGGGGGGAGCCGGGGGAGGAUGAGGGGGUGGAGGAGGGGGCAGGGGAGGCCGGGUGGGAGGGCGGGGCGGGAGGCGGAACGGAUGGGGGAGCGGGGGGAAGGAGGCUGGGGAAGGAGGGGCGGCCGCCACCAGCGGGGGAGUUGGGGGGAGUGGGGGCGGCGCAGGGGGCGCACAGGGGAGGGGGGGAAGGAGGAGCGGGCGCAGCGUGGGUGAGGGGAAUGAAGAAGGCCCAUAAGAAACUGAUUGGGUACCUUGGUGCGUCAGAUAGCCUCGGGGGGAGGGAAGGGGGUGGUGGAGGGGGAGGAGUGGGGGCAGGAGGGGGAGGGGGACAGGGAGACGGGGGAGGAGGGGGGGUGUUGGGCGGGGGAAAGGUUGCAGGGAAGCUAGGAGGAGAGGGGCAUGAGGGGGGAGCAUUGGGUGGAGUAGCGGGAGGAGGGGGAGUGGGCGGAGGGGGGGGAGGAGGGGGAGGGAGGGCAGGCGCAAGGAGACGGCUCCGGAAGGUGCUCAGUGCGGAUUGGGGGAGCACGUCAUUGGACGAGCUGCUGGGCGGCAAGGGCUUGGCUCCUAGCGCGAGCACCAACCUUUCGUCGUCUUCCAGCCAACCAAGCCGUCCGUCCACUGCUGUUUCUUCGUCCACUGCUGCUGGCAACGCUUCUGGAAACGCUCCUGGUGCAUCUGGCUCUGGCUCUUGCGCUUCUAUCCCUGCGGGGGCUGUAGCGGGGCCGGUGGCAGGGGCUGUAGCGGGGCCUGUAGCGGGGUCUAUGGAGGGGGGAGAGGUGUGGGGGAUGGUGCGGAGUGGUAGCCAGGGGUUGGGGCAGCAUGGGCGGGAGAGUGCGUUGGGGAGCAGAGAACGGAUGAGCUUUGGGGGAGGAGGGGAUAUUGUGGAGGAGAGGGAGAGGAAGGGGGAGAGGGAGGGCGAGAGGGAGAGGGAAGGAAGGGAUGAGCGUGAUGUGUGGGACGCACUACAGGCACGCAAUGCUCCGGGUGGUGGCACUUCUCUCAGUGGUGCUGCUGAUGGUGAUGGCACCGCUGUUGCUGGUGCUGGUGCUAGUAGUGUUGGUGUUAGUGCCUCCGCUGCUGCUGCAGCUGCAGGAGCAGCAGAGCGAGAGGGUUUAGUUGGUGCAGGCGCAGUGGGACUGACAGAGCAGGAGCAGUCACAAGAGGAGAUUGAGGGGCCGAGCACGCCUAAAGGAAUGGGGGAGGGCAGGGCAACAGCGCGAGCAGGGAAGAGCAUAGUAAUUGUGCAAAGAGGGGCGAGCAGAGGGGAAGAAUCGGGAGGGGUGAGUGGUGAGAAGGGCGAUGGGGAGGGACAGGGCAGCAUAGAGCAAGGAGCAGGAGCAGCAGGAGCAGGAGGGGGAGGAGGAGAAGGAGGGGCAGGGAUACCCGUGGAGGAGAGUGCUCUAGAGGGCAUUCACACGAGUGCAAGCACGGGAGGGGGCAGCCAAGCAGCAGAGCAGAGGCAGAGCAUUCUGCAGGCGUACAUGCAGAGGAAAAGCUUCAAUGGAAAGAACCCCACAGCUGAGCAGGUGUGGGCUUGGAUCCUAGGGCAUGAUGAUGAUGAGGAGGGGGAAGGGGGGGUGGAGGGGAGAGGAGAGGGAGGAGGGGAGGUGAGGGGAGGAGCAGGUGGUGGGAGUGAGAAGGGGAGUAGAGGGAGCAGGGGGAGUAGAGGGAGCAGUGGAGGGGUGGAGAAGGAUGGUGGGGAGGGUGGAGGAGCGGGGGCUGGGAGAGGAGAGGGAGGAGAUGGGGUGGAGGAGAGUGGGAAGGAGGAGGAGGGCAAGGGGGGUGAGGGGGUUCAAGGGGGAGAGGAGGAGGGAGGGCAGAAGGCGCAGCUUACGGUUGAUCCGGUGGUGGCGGCUCGGCUGGGUGUCACGGUGGAGCGUGUCGCGGACUGGCUGUGGACUCUGCAUAAGAUAUCGGUGGAUGUGGAGCGCACGGACAGGCACAUGGCGUUCUACCAGGCGGAGAGGAACCGCGCCACCAUGUGUGACAUCUUGGCCGUGCAUGCCUGGAUCGACCCGGCUACUGGCUUCUGCCAAGGCAUGUGCGACAUCCUCUCGCCCUUCAUCAUGCUCUACGGCCAUCCUGCUGAUGCCUUCUGGUGCUUCGAGUGCCUCUUCUCCCGCAUUCGCCACAACUUUGUGCUGGAGGGGCCGGUGGGCAUUCUGCGGCAGCUAGCGGUGCUGAGGGACGUGGUGGCGCUGGUGGACCCCGAGCUGGCGGGGCAUCUGGAAGAGCUUGGCGCGGAUAACUUCAUGUUCGCUUUCCGCAUGCUGCUGGUUCUCUUCAGAAGAGAGCUGCCACUGGUGGAUGUGAUCGUCAUGUGGGAGAUGAUGUGGGCAGCGGAUUUCGACUCGCGAAUGGCCUCUGUUCUACUCCACCACCCCCCCGAAGGCCUCAACCUGGUCGCCGAGCCGCACACCUGGUCCACCGGUCCCCUCCCCCCCCUCGACUCCCCCACCAACGACGCCGCCACCACCCCCGUACCGUUCUCCACCGCUUCCAACCAAGGCUCGGGGUCGUCUCUAGGGGGGUUCGACGUGAUGGGGCUGGGGGGGGGGAGGAGAGGGGGGAUAUGGCGGUCCGGGCAGUUGACAGCGCAGGAUGUGGAGGGAGGAGCGAGUUUGAUGUCGCAGUGGGGAGAGGCGAGAGUGGGAGAUGAGGACUUGGCGGUGUUCUGUGUGGCGGCCAUUCUGAGGGUCAACAGAAAGAGACUGCUGCUGGUGGAAGGGUCUGACGAAGCCAUCAAGAUGUUCAACGAUGUGGAGUUGGUGUUAGAUGUGGUUUCCUGUAUCCACCUCGCCAUCAAGCUCCGCACCAAGUACUUCCGAAAGGCUCCACGUGGCAUUCGGGCGCGAUAG